AAUUGCUCUACGACUUUCUCAUCUGUAUUUGCAUUCCGAACCAACUCUUCAUCGCCAAAAUGUCCGACCGCACCACCGUCCACGUUUCCAACAUCGACCCCUCCACCUCGGAGAAGGAGGUCCAGGACUUCUUCAGCUUCUGUGGCAAGAUCGUCAGUAUCUCAGUUACUCCCACCUCCGGCGAGCCAGGCUCUCUUAAGUCGGCGACCGUGACAUUCGAAAAGGAUGCGGCUGCUAAAACCGCCCUUCUCCUCGACCAGACCCAGCUCGGCCCCUCUGUAGUCACCGUUAAGGCCGCGCAAACCCUUGAUGAGAUCGCAGGAGAGCAUAGUGCUACCGCCGCUGAAGCUAAAGACGAGAACCAAAACGACCUCGAGCAGGAAGACAAGCCUCGCUCCCGCAUUAUUGCAGAAUACCUUGCCCAUGGAUACACGAUUAGCGACCAGGCUAUCCAGAAGGCUAUUGCCAUCGACAAAAAGCAUGGCUUCACGUCUCGCUUCACCAGCGUCCUGAGCAACUUCGACAAGAAAACUGGUGCCAGCGAGCGCGCCAAGGGUCUUGAUGAGAGCUAUAAGAUCAGCGACAAGGCCGCCAACAGCUGGCGCGGCUUGCACAGCUACUUUGAGAAGGCUAUCAACACCCCCUCGGGCCGGAAGCUGCGUGACUUUUACUCUCAGACCGAUAAGCAAGUUCGCGAUAUUCACGCUGAGGCUCGAAGACUGGCGGAUCUGAAGGCUGGAAAGACUGAGGAGAAGAAAGCUGAGGGUGAAAGCAGCUCUCCUGCGACGGAGUCUAACCCUGCCCCUGCCCCUGCUCCUGGUGUUGAGCCCGAGGCUGCCCAGGCGGCUCCUGCUACGACCGAGAAGGCGUAGUGGAGUCACCCUUUGUCAAUUAUUGUAUUCGACGAUGACUUUUAACGUCCUAAUGACUUUCGCGGAUGUGUUUUUAGCAUGACAUCCUUUCAAUUUUCUCCACGUUCAUACUCUAUUCCCCUUUGUUUAUUGUCUGGAAAAGAAGCUUUCAAAUUGAGCCUAAUGGCACAGUCUCGUGACGUAUCUCAGUAACGUUUCUUCAUUUAUAGACCUCGGCAAAGUACCGCGGUCAUAACUGGCGCACUCGUCAUUCUAGAUCAUAAGACACCCGUAAACAGACAUCAACAUUACAGAGAGAUUUUCUGGAAAGUCGAAGCCGUCAUCUAGCUGGACUCUGUGUUUUGGCAGAAAAAUCGCAGCAUGUUCAUC